AGACUGGGACCAAUGACAGGCGGAGUGAUUCUGCGGCGACGAGUGACGGCGCAGAGCGGGAAGCGGCGCCGGCGGUGUCUGUCUGUCUGUCAUCAUGGCCGGGGACGGAGCGGUGACCGCGGAGUCUCUGAGGGAGAAGCUGAGGCGGGAGCUUCAGGCGGAGCACGUGGAGGUUGAAGACACAUCCCCCAACCACUGCUCUACCAGCUUCAAGGUAUUAAUCGUCUCGCCUCUGUUUGACGGAAAGCCUCUCCUGCAAAGACACAGGCUUGUCAACGGCUGCCUGUCCGAGGAGCUGAAGAUCAUUCACGCCUUUGAACAGAAGACCCUGACCCCAGCUCAGUGGGAACAAGAAAAGCAGAAGUGAGAGCUGGUGCUGCACUGACUGACGGAUGUUACAGACCUCGUGGACUGCGCCUGCAGCCUUCCGUGUUCCGUGGACCCCAGUGUCCAGUACAAGAUGCUGGUUGUCUCUAAUGGACACUUUCUAGCUCACCCAGGAAUAUGUGCCCGGCUCUUAGCGGAGUAAUGAGUCCACAAUAAAUUAAAUUAUAGUGA